UACAUGCAGUUGGAAGAGUUUCAAUUCAUAAACCAUUAUAUUCAUGUUUGUCUUAUAAGGGAAAACCAGAAAAUGAUAAAUAUUAUGCUUUAGUUGGAAAAGGAGGUAACUAAUUUUAUAUAGAGGUUAAGUUGUUUUUGAUACUGGAGGUUUAAGCAUUAAGACAAUAUCUAGUAUGAUGAUAAAGAAGGAGCUUGUACUGUUUUAGAAACAUUCAAAGCUAUUGUAGAAUUAGCAUUACCUAUUAAUGUUGUUUGUUCAAAAGCUUGGGUUGAAAAUUCAGUUGAACCAGAUUCAUACACAGUCUCAGAUGUCAUUUAAUCUUAUAAAGGAACUAAUGUUGAAACAUUAAAUACUGAUGCUGAAGGUAGAUUAAUAUUAGCUGAUGCAAUGUCUUAUGCAUAACAUAAGUUCCUCAUUUAAGAAAUGAUUAAAUUAUCAACAUUUGCUGGUAUUAUUAAAAAUGCUCUUGGUAGUUAUUGUAGAGUCUUUACUAAGAGAAAAGGAUGUUAUUCAUUAUUAUAAAAAGUAUAAAAAAUUAAUAAAGAACCUUUUUGGUAAUUACCUGUCGAUGAUUAACAUAGAUUUUUGAUUAAAGGAAGUGUUGCUGAUAUCAAUACUUCAAGCUCUGUUAGAGUUGGAGCUUCUGCUGCAGCUACAUUUUUAGAAUAUUUUGUUGAAAAAAAGGUUAGAUGGAUCCAUUGGGAUAUUGCAAAUGUAGCUGUAUCUGAUAAAAAUGAAGGAAUUUAUAAUAAAGGUGAAACUGGUUUUGGAGUAAUGUCCUUGAUAUAUUACAUGACUUGGGAUAUUGUCAGUAAAGAACGUAAUGAAUAGAAAUAAGAAAAUGAUGAAGAUGACAAUUGA